CGGGGCGGCCGCUUCAGCACCGGCGCGGGCGCGGACAGCGGCGGCGCGAGCGGCGCGCGGGGACUGCGACCGGUACCCCCCUACAGCCCGGGGAGGGCAUCCCGGCACCCCGCACCCCAUUCCGCUUUCCCCGGGAGAUUCGUGUGUUUGUCAGUGACAAGAUGACAAUUCGUAUUUUCACCAAAGGAUCCAGUGAGUCAUCCUGUUAACUCUGCUGAAAUACAUGCUUGCCAGCCGUCCUGCCGCAUUAGCCAACCGACAUCACAAUGACUGAGGAGUCAGACCACAGGUUCAGUAGUCUCACCUGGGAUCAGAUUAAAAUCCUGGAUCAAGUUUUAGCUGAGGCCAUACCUAUUCAUGGGAGAGGAAAUUUUCCAACGCUGGAUGUGAAGCCGAAGGAUAUCAUUCACAUGGUAAAGGAGCAGCUCAUUGAAAAGCAAAUCAGUGUUAGAGAUAUCCGCCUAAACGGUUCAACAGCCAGCCACAUCCUGGUAAAGCAGAAUGGAACCAGUUAUAAGGACCUAGACAUCAUUUUUGGGGUGGAACUUCCAAGCGAGCUCGAGUUCCAGGUUGUUAAGGAAGCAGUUCUUAAUUGCCUAUUGGACUUCUUGCCAAAAUGUGUUAAUAAGGAAAAAAUCACUGCCCAGACCAUGAAAGAUGCCUAUGUGCAAAAAAUGGUCAAAGUUUCCACCGAUCACGAUCGCUGGAGUCUCAUCUCACUGUCAAACAACAGCGGCAAGAACGUAGAAUUGAAGUUCGUCAACUCGCUCCGGCGGCAGUUUGAGUUUAGCGUGGACUCCUUCCAAAUCAUUCUGGACUCCAUACUCAGUGUUUACAGAGCAACAAACUGCAAACUGACAGAAGAGUCUCACCCCACUGUCAUCGCCGAGAGUAUGUAUGGAGACUUCAACGAAGCAAUGGACCACUUGAAAUACAAACUGAUUUCCACGAGGAACCCGGAGGAAAUCAGAGGAGGCGGCCUCCUGAAGUACAGUAAUCUCCUGGUUCGUGACUUUAAGCCGGCUGAUCAGGCUGAAAUUAAAUCUCUGGAACGUUACAUGUGCUCCAGGUUCUUCAUUGAUUUUCCAGAUGUUGCUGAGCAGCAAAGGAAAAUUGAGUCAUAUCUGCGCAACCACUUCAUUGGGGAAGAGAAAAGCAAGUAUGACUACUUGAUGACUCUGCGUGGAGUUGUAAACGAGAGCACGGUCUGUCUCAUGGGACAUGAACGAAGACAAACUCUGAAUAUGAUCACAAUUCUGGCUUUAAAAGUACUCGGAGAACAAAAUAUCAUCCCAAAUGCAGCCAAUGUAACGUGCUAUUAUCAGCCUGCUCCAUAUAUCAGUGACAGAAACUUCAGCAAUUACUACAUUGCUCACGGACAGCCACCCAUCAUCUACCAACCAUACCCGUUUCAGAUACAAAUGCAGAGCGGCAUGGUUUAGGAACACGAGAACCUCCUCAGCAAUUACACUCCUCUCUCUUUCCAGUUCUCUCCGUAAUAAAGGCCUCAUUAAGCAUAUUUUAUCAGCACUUUUGAUUUAAGGACGUAUUUUUGUGCAAGUUGCCAAAGUUAUUUGGUUGGUUCAGUGUCUAAGCAGAUCAUAAAAUAAGUGAGAUGGCUGUCAUUGUUCAUGAUGUAUUUAUACUCCUACGUGUGUUUGGGCUAUACUUUUUUUUUUUGAUGAAAAGAGAAGAAUAUAAAUUAUUCUAAUUUUAUAAAAUGAAAUGCACUAACUUCUGGGUUCUAAAAAAUUCUUAAGCAAAAUUUAAAUAGUGUAAAUGAAAAAUCAAGUCAAUAAAAUACCUCUCAGUAGAAAUGCCUGAUUUUAGAAGUGAUAGUGUUCUGGGUAUGUUCCAGUAGCUCAUCCAUCAGUUCUACCCAUGCAGUUCCAGUAACAUUUAUUUGCAGCACCUUUAGAAAAUAUGCAUUGAUGGGCUGGUUUGAGCUCUGCUUUACAGAGAAUGGUGAACUAGCUCUGGAUUUGUAUAAACCAGGCUCUGGUCCAGUCACUCGUCAGCUCCCAUCAGAGACGCGAGGGCCCACUCCUCACCAGAGCAGUGUUAGCAGGAAACACCAAGAGCAGACUCGGCAUUUUUGUGUAUCCCCAAUUUCCACCGAUCUGAGUGAGAGAUUCGGCUGCUUCAAUAACGCAGCGUCAAACCCCGGGAUCUGCCUCGCAGAUAAUGAAGGCUGUAAGAGAUACAACUCCUCUGAUUAAAUUGGUAUUGAAAAACAAGGUAAUAGAAGGCGAAAGAAGGGGAAAAUUGAGCACAUAGGGCUAGCUUUCUAUUGCUAAUUUGUUAUUGAUCAGAGAUGCUUCAAUGCUUAUAAAAGGAGUCAGGAAAAACCAAAAAGCCUAGGACUGCAAUGUUUUUAGGUGAAUUAAAACAAAUCCUUGGCAGUGGCAUUUGAAAAAGUAUUUUAUACUAGCACUGUCCUGCAUAUGUUUCGAUACCUGCACGCGUACACUCGUAGCAAACAAAGAGUUCUCUUAUUAUCAGGAAGUAAAACCUUAGUUACAAGUUUUUGUGUGUGUUUACCAAAGAUAGGUUUUAAACAUGUCACAUAAGUGCCUCCCUGCACCAGUUGCUCCAUGAAAGCCGUAACGCUGUUGGCAAUCUUGCUGGAGAGCACCUGAAUUACAGAAAGGGAAACACCUGCCCUUGGUUCUCCAUCGAUGGGUCACAAAGGGUUGGUAGCACCGAAGGUCAGAGAGGUGUGAACCAUUUGCUUCAGUGUGAGCAGGUUGGGGAGAGAUGGAUCCGAGGUAUUCCCACUGGAACUCCUCCAGUUUAGCUGCUGACUGUGGUACAAGGAGGAAUAGUCAUGAAAGGAUGGAUUUGAGGUGUUCUGACAAGAACCCCUCCGGUUUAGGUGCUAACUGUGAUACAAGGAGGAAUAGUCAUGAAAGGAGAUUUAGAAUGGGUGCGGUUGUGACAUUGGAACAGGCAACUUGAAAUGCAAGCAGUAGAGUUUCUUACAUCUGAAACUUCUUACGUCACUGUGUUGUAAUAUGAGUUCAUCGCAGUGUGUCCUCACCAUCUUUGAAAACUACGUUUGAUCUAUUUACAACAGGUGUCAGAUCUUAGAAAUUUCUGCCACUUGGGAAAGAGCGUUUGCUUUAUUUUACAUGGAAAUACCACUAUUUUUAAUCAAAUAUUUCUAGAAGUUCUGGGUUCUAUGGAGUCCUAUGGCCAGUGAGAUGUAGCUUUCCUUUAUCCCAUUAUAUGCCUGUACAGUAGAACAAAGAGCUGUUUCAAGACAACUUUGCUGACCAUCAUCACUCAAAUCAACACUUUUCUGUAAAAUAUAGUGCAAAAAAACCAAUGUUUCUGCAACAUAAUAAGGGUGUACCUUUCUACUUGGAAAGUGACUCAUUUGGUGACGUCUUUCAUGAAUAUAAUACUAUUGCUGAUUUUUCAACUAUGUCGAAUUCCAUGUUGAAAAGCACAUUUUAUUGCACUUCCACUCGUAUCUUUCCAUUGGCUAAACUAUUUAAUGAGAUCAGAAAUUCUAAGUGCGAUGUUAUCAGAGAUCAUAUCACUAUAUUUGCAUGUAAGCACUUCUAGGGAAUUCCCCCCCGUCAGAAGCGAAAUGGAGUGAAACAAGGUGGACUUCUUCUUGUUUUUAAUUGAGAUGCUUAGAUUACAAAGGGACCCUUUAAAAUGAGUUUGGUGUUUGCCAUACUAAAUAGCACUGUGAAAUUCUGUAAGAGCCUUACGGAGGUUGUGCUCCUGCUAACAUUUGUGCUUCAACUCUCAGCACAUGUGCUUGCAGGGCCAAAGAGCUGAAAGCUGGGCUGGGCACAGCUGGGACUUUCUGAUGAAUCUGCGGGAUUUAGGCAUCCAAAUGUUGACUUUCAGGAGGAAGUGGGCUCCUAAACUCCCCAAAUUUGUUUGAAAAUCUCAGUCGAUCUGCACUGACCUGUGACCUUAAUGUAAAGUAGCUGUGUCAAUUUGGUACUCCUCCACUCCUGGUUUCCUUGCUUGCUGGGUGGAGAAGUGGGUUAAUCUUCUCAAGAACCAGGAAAGAGGUCAGCUGGGAAGGAGCAUUUUCAACAUGUUGUGUUUAGCCAAUGAUCCAUUACCCGGAGAAACGUUUCAAAAGGUUUGGGGUUUUAUAUUUUACCAACAAGUAGAAACACGUUUCACCCUGUGUAAAGGACUGUAAUUCUCUUUUGAAUCAGGCAUUGUGAACAGUGUCAGGAAUGGUGAAUUAGCUCUGGAUUUGUAUAAACCAGCCUGUCUGCUUGUACAGCGGCUCUUCAUUUAAAUAUAUUUUUAAUUCUAUUACAGCUCUGUUUAUGCAUCCAGGUUAGAUAAGGAAGGACUCAGCCAAAGUCCAUGGAGUUAGCAGGAAGAAUCCACCUAACUCUAAUGGCCUUUGAGUGAGACCCCACAAAAGAGUAGAGGACUUCUGCGAGUACCUACAGGUAAAGGUACAAAGACAUCAAUAUGCAAAAAUGUCUCAGGUAUAAAAAAAGGUCUUGUAUUUUUUACCUAGAGGUAGUUCAGUCUUGAAGGUUAAGUGAGGUUUAGAUAUAAGUACAGAUAAAACCUCACACAUCUACAUGUACACAGGCAAAUAACAAAUCUAAUCGGAUUAAACAUUUCCUUCCAAAUGUUAUAUUGAUACUUGGCAGUAGUAUUUGAGCUGGAGAGUUGUUUUUAAGGUAGUAGUGAUUCUACAAACCAAUAUUGAAAACGGGAUGGUGUUGUCUGGACUGCUGCUUGCUCACCGCUGAUAUCAAUAUGUAAGAGGAAAUAUUGUAACCUCUUCUCCAGUUGUUACCGAUUUUACUACGAGCAGGUAUAAAUCUCUAGAAAAAUGGGAGUUUUCUCAGUACCAGUGUCCUGAGCAUGAUGUUUACAUUAUAAUUAUAUCUUACUGUUACAAUCUGUUCAAUAACUAUUAUACCUGGAAAUUGUAAUGCUGAUUUUAUUUAAUCACAUAAAACUUUUUAAGGUUUACAGCUUAAAGUGAUCUAAUGUUGUCAGGACCUAAGUGUUAAAGUUUCGAGUGCUUUCCUGAAAAAAUGUCAUUUGAAUUUUGUGUUCUAUUGUAAAAGGUCUAUUUGAAGUCUAUACUUUGUGGUAGUUCCUUUAAAACAUGAUUUGUGAGGUUUCUACUUGACUCCGUACAAAGGGGUUUGCGAUGGAUAAAAGCAAUGUAAACGCGUCCUCAGUCAAGCUGUUCCAUCGUCUGUUGUGUUAAACAGAGCCUGCAGAUCUGUGACAGAGUGGAACUGAUUUCCCACCGUUUCCCAGCUCUUUGAGGAGUUAACAUCACCACCAGUUCAGUCAGGUGUGUGUCCAAUAUACUCUGUAGAAAGAGCUCGCGGGAUGACGGCAGAGAGAGUUUGGCAGCUCAGCACGGUUCUUGCAGCUUGGUUUCGGUUUGAUAUGUUCUUCUGUUAAACUAAAGAAAUGGAAGGGUGUUCAGGACAAAGCUGGUGCGGAUGAAAGAAUUAUUUUACUUCAUGUGCCACCCGAAGCUGUUGAAAAAGUAUUGUAAUGCUAAAAAUGUGUACUAAUCGCACAGAUUUGUAGGUCAUUAGUCCACAGUGUUGAUUAGUGCCUUUGGGUAUUUGGGGAGCGAUCAUUAAAAUAACUUUCUUCUUUAAUGUAUGGUUUACUUGCAAUACCUUCCUUAUUCUACUUGGAUGUGGAUUGUAGCCCACAGCCUUCUUCUAGCACCAGACUGCGGUGUCAGAACUGCAAUAGUGCUAAAGAUGCGGUUACGGUUCAUUAGGUCAAUAAACCACCACCUCAGAUUUACGGCUGCUCCGCUGUCAGACCCACGCUGAAGGUUACAGAGUGAUUGGAUUGAAUAUCAUGAAUAUUUUUAAUACAUUUGAAUGGCUCUACGCUAGUUGUCAAACAGGCUUGCGUCAAAUAUUCACAUUUUAAGUGCCUAGAUAUAUAUUUAUAUAAUAAAACCAUGACUGUCUGCUGGGUAAA